AUGCACUUAACUCAAGACGCUUCUUCUGUAAGGUCAAAUGUUCACACAGAUUCUGUCAGAGUGUAUUGCCGUGUUCAACCAUUCAGACGAAGUGAAGGUGUUAAUUCAGAGAUUUCACCCUGUUGCGUCCACCUUAACGAUAAGGAUACUGAAAAUGGUACAAUUAUGUGGUCUGUGCCUUCACCCAACAUAGAGUUCACCUCCCCCCGAACUCCUGGGUUGAAGUUUUCUUGCGGGAAAAACACCAACAGUGACUCAAGUGCACAGCAUUUGUUUCACUUUUCUGGUGUCUUUAGACAAAUUUCUGGUCAGAAAGAGGUCUACGACAGUGUUGUUCAACCUGUACUAGCUGAUGUUAUGGAAGGCUACAAUGGGAAUAUUUUCGUCUACGGCCAGACUGGUAGUGGAAAGACAUAUACUAUGUUUGGAAAGACAUCAUUGAACGGCCAAAUUUUUUGUGAUAAUGAUACUACUGAUAGGAAUGUAGUUCCUAUUGGAGUAGGUUGUGGGGUAAAACGUGAAGAUUGGUUUCCGAAUAAAGAAGAGAGCCUUAUUUUACGAGAAGAGACAAAUUUGAUUACUCCAAGGAGGUUAGCCAAACCUAAAAGCAUCGAAACAAAGGCAAAUACAGGUUUGUUUCCUUUUCCACAUAAAUGUAUUCCACCCAUUGUCAAAGGGGAUCAGAAGCCGGUAGAAUGUUUUUUUAAUGCAUGCUGCGAAAAUAGCAUGGCCCAUGGGAAGCAAGAUACACUACUAUCAACUACAUGGCCAUCCUACUUAGUACCGCUUCAUACUUCAGGAGAGAGUCCUAAACACUGUACACAUAACUUUGAAUUAGGGGACGUUACCGGCAUCGUCCCCAGAGCCGUGAAUGACCUCUUUCAUUUAAUUGAACACGCUGAUGUUGGAAUCGAAUUUGAGGUGCGUCUUUCUUUUGUGGAAAUUUAUAUGGAGCAGGUGAUUGACCUCCUUGCUUCAACAUCUAGUUGGGUCUUAAAUCCGAACCAGCCCCAGGACUUCCAAUCGGGUUCACGACACCUACAGGUGCGAGAGGACGCAAAUUCAAGCUCUUUUUAUAUUGAAGGCUGUGCGAUUCCUAAGGUUACCUGUUUCCAGGACGCAAUGUCACUUAUACAAACUGGAAUGCGUCGUAGGACAACCGCAGCGACAAACAUGAACGACGCCAGUAGCCGCAGCCAUUGCCUCCUGAACUUUAUUGUGAGAAGAUUCGACCGAGAUUCUAAUGAACUCAAGGUGGGGAAACUCUUCCUUGUGGAUCUGGCAGGUAGUGAGAAAGUUUCUAGAACUAAAUCUGAAGGCAUAGUGUUGGAGGAGGCGAAACUUAUCAAUAAAUCGCUUUUGACUCUCAGUUUGGUGAUUCAAGCUUUGAAUGAGAACGCCAACCAUGUACCAUUUCGAAACAGUGUGUUGACUAAACUUCUGAAGGACUCUCUUGGUGGGAAUUUCCGCACGGCACUAGUGGUUUGUUGUAGCCCUGAUUUGUGCAACGCGGAUGAAACUUUGUCCACCUUGCGCUUUGGGGCGCGGGCCAAGACUAUCCAGAACCAUGCUAUUGUUAAUCGUGAACCAAUACCUGAAGAACUCAAGCGUAUGCUAAAAUCUGCCCAGGAAGAAAUUAGAAGGCUACGGACUAAGCUGCGCCAACAGCGACCUAGUCAUCAAGAAACGGACGAUGCCGAAUGCAUUCACAAGGGAGCCGUAAUCGAGACAACGAGCGCACGCAGAAUUGGGAUGAAAUCUACUUCUCAACAACAAAGAGUACCUUUUCUCACAAAAAAAGGCGUGUUUUCUAGCGAAGGUAGCAGCCUCCACACUUCAUUCUUAGAUGACGACAAUGACAGCAACUCUUCGUUUGCGUCAAUCAGGAAGUACUCUCAUAGAAAAGCUCAAAAGCAAAUACGUCUAAGUGAACAGCAAAUCGAGCUCAACGAAGCUCGAGACACCUUGUGUAAAGUCCAAGAAAUAAAUGUGUUAAUGACAGAACGAGGUAAUUCACAACGCGCAAAGAUUGCGAGUCUUGAAGAGGAGAACAGGACCUGGGAGGAGGAAUGUGCAGCACUCUGUCAGCACUACAAUGAGCAAGAGGAGUUACUAGCGAUAACUAAGUCUCAUGUCACUUUGCUAUCUGAAGAAGUUUUCACAUUAACAGAGAAGAUCGAAGAAAAUUUAGACUCCGUGCGGCGAUCCUGUGAAAUGCUUGAGAACUCAUCAGUCCACGCUUGUGCUUCUUCACAACAGCACCCUAUAUUAGAGAAUAUUGAAGAAUCCCAGAUUAACAUUGAGGCGGGACUGAAUUCUGUUUCUUGCACAUUUCCAUUUAAGAGCCCUAGAAUAGUUUCGUUGCCAUCGCUACCGAUGACAAUAGAUAGGGAUUCUGACAAGUCUCCGGUUUCUUCAGUGCAUAUGUUGAAUCGCCACGACAAAAGUGUUGCAACCAGUGAUUUUUUCGAGCUAGGUAGUCCUCAGACAUUAUCAUCAAUGGCAAACAUGGUAGUGAGGCCUUUAGUGACCGCCUUCGGCGCCCAACCGUCGAAAGACUCACAUAGCUUCAAAGAUGGAGGGUGGAAGGAAAGACAUUCUUUACAAACUUCAGGUGAACUAGUAUCAUUUACCCUUCGACUAUUAGAUGAGAUGGGUUCGCCCUUCCACUCUGUUUUGGCACAUCAAGUGGGAUUAGGAAACUCCAAAUCUACAUUAUAUCAUCAUCAAUCCCAAGUGUUGUCUAGUACGAUCCAUUACCCCGAUCAACGACAAUAUGAUCCUUUUCUUGUACUAAAUAACAUCAAGGAUAGCAACACUGAUGCUGUACCACAGAGAAAUUCUACCACUUACGAAAAUAGUGAGCUAUUGAAUGAAGCAGUGUUGUGUAUUUUGGAGUUAGGAAGAAGAAUUCAGGAUAUGGACCAAAAUCUCGCAAAGGAGGCUCAGUCCCGUAACUCUGUCGCACUGAAGCUGGAGUUGGCAGAGAAAAAACUUAAAAUACGUCAGGAGCGCAUCGAGGUUCUUAACUUGGGGAUGCAGCAGGAAAGCAAAUCGAGCCAAGAAUUGAGGAUGAUCUUAGAGAAGGAGCGAAAUGCGCACCAAAAAUUUGUGGACGUGGCACACAGGGAUGCGAACUACUGGCGCCGACGUUAUGAAGAGCUCGACGAGCAGUCGCAGAGGCCGCAUAAGCAACAGAAGACGUAA